UAGUACACACCUAUCUGAUUCCUUUUCAUACAAUUUCGCGAUGUGAUUAUCCUGACGAUUAUUUGUAUUACUAUAAGAGUAUUUUUUAUCAUUAUGGACAGAUAAUUUUGAGUACUAGAUUUCUGAAGUCCAAAUAUCCGUGACAAGAAACAAAGCAAGUAGUGCUCGGUUACCGAGAUACAAGUUAGAUACGGAACACUUAUCGGGUUAUGGAAUCACGUAUAAAGACUUCUUCUGUGCUGUGAAUACGCAGAACAGUACGUGAUACUGGAAUCAUCGGAAAUACUUCAGUGUAAAAUAUCGGCAUUAAGAGUAGAAAUCAUUUGACAAGUGGAUUAUGAAUCAUCUUUCUUUCGAUAAUACUCGUUGUUGAUUGGCAGUCCACAAAUUGAAAACUGAAAUGAUUUGCAUAUCAAACGUAUGUGCUUGGAAACAUCUGAAACAACUAAGUGUUUCAGCGUAGAUUGUGGGAGCGAGCGAUAAGGGAGAAAGUGGAAGUGAACAAAUCUUCAUAUUGAUCAAGUUGUCAUCGAAAUCAGUUUCUGGACCAGAUUCAUUCCGUAUCAGAUUACAAACUUGCAAAACCGAGUUUACAAAAAGCCGGCUGCUACGAAAAUGAGCAGUACCAUCGAGAAUGACACGCACGUGCCUUCCCAACACGAGAGUGAAGCCACUUUGUCGCUUCUCUCCGCCAUUUCUCUUCUUAUCAUCUCAGUCAUCACUGUUGUUGGAAACGGCAUCCUGUGUGUGGCCAUGUACAAAGACCCACUCAAAUGCUUUCGUUCAUCUCCCAUGCUCUUCGUAGCUAAUUUGGCCGUAGCAGAUUUCCUGACUGGAUUCAUUGUGGAUCCCCUGUACAUAGCCUACAACUUUGGCUAUUACCAAGCCAGGGACUAUCAGACCGCUCUAACGGCCGGCGAUCAUGCCUCUUACAUCACUGUUAAUCUCUCUCUUUGUACCGUUGUAGUGCUUGUCGUCGACCGAUUCUUGGCAUUGAAUACACCCAUUCGUUACCGCAACGUCAUGACGAGGCGAGUCGCGGGAGGCACCAUUGCGGUAUUAUGGGUGUAUUCUGUAUUGUUCAGUUUCUUGCGUAAUAUUGGUGUACCUGAGAACACUUAUUAUCUACUGGAUCUGCACAUCCACGUCACAGGAAGCCUGGUAACCUUGACUGUUUUCCUUGUACUUAUUUAUCGACGAUCUGUCGUUGCCAGGAAUCAAAGAGUGGACUUGGCUGAUUCAACCUCUCGAUUUGACGAGCAAAGAAAACAGAUGAUCGGCGAUGCGAAGAUAAUACGAACGUUCUUGAUCAUUCUAGCAGCGUGCUAUCUUUGUCUGUUGCCAUAUUACAUCUACAUGCACGUUUAUUUAUUCUGUGCCACGUGCCAGACGAACAUUGUCCUCACAGCCAUGAGCAAAAUUUCUGAGCCUGUAGUAUACCUCAACUGCGCAGUGAACCCAUUUAUAUAUGCAUGGAGACAUAAAAUGUUCAGAAACUCAUUGAGAGCUGUUGUAAUGAAACAAAAUACCGUGAAUCAAGAGGUUAUCAUCUCACAAAGAACCGGAACAUCUCAAUUAUGUGAAAUGCAAAAUACUUAAGUUAUCAUCCUUCAAUUGGGUCCUGCUUCUGUCAAAGCCGCUUACUGACUUAAGAAGUUACUUUCCCUCCCAUUUUCUGGGAAAAAAAGUAAUUUGCCAUUCUUUUUUGUGGAAAAAAACUGCUAACAAAUCGUUCGAAUUUUCACUUAGAUUUUAUGAUGUAGAAAAUGGGUAACUUAUGUAAGUGAUAAUAACUGACAGUUCUACUUUUCGCUAUUUGUUUCUUUUAGGCUUAACGGAGAGUUAAAGAGCACUUCACGUUCGGGAAAUAUAAUUUUAAUCAGCCUUAGAUCACCGUUUACUUUAAAUCCAUUAAAAAAACCUCUCGUUCCUAUCUUCUCCUUCAUACAAACUUAAAAGUCGUCCAAAAAUUAUUUCAACUUCACUUUAAACCGUUUUUACACUGACCAGCACCACGUAAGAGAUAAUGAGAAAAUAGCAAUGCAACGAGUGAAUAUCGUAGCUUCAGGUAUAAAUACUUAAAAUAAGGAAAUUUUGAAGUCAUAGUCUAGCUCAUAAUUAGACAGUAUUUCCGUAGGAAAUCAGAAUGGCGACAUCCCGAUUCUUUUUGGCGCUUGGCUAUGCUAAUAAGAUAAUGUUUUCCGCUGGGAUGCCUUAAGCCGAAUACUAAUAAAAGCCCUCCGAAAAAAUAUGUAAUAAAGUGGUUAUUUGGUUGUCAGUUGAUUUGUUUUCGUUCUUACUUUAGCCAUUCAAUUAAAACCAUUUUUGCGGUUUUUCAGUUAGUAUUCAAUUUAAUUAAGCGUUGAAGAUCAGCAAAGACAAAUGUAAUAAUUUAUCUAAAAAGGGAGGCAGGUUCACACAAAAUUUGAUGUCAGUAGUGAUCGUAAUAAAGUACUUCAGUUGAGAGAGUAUGCAGCCCCAGGAAGUCUACUUAGCAACCAGACUAGUCAUUUUCUACAUUUCAACGCUCAAUUGACAUUAAAAUAGUAUGUCAUGUUGAAGUCCUGUACGCAUAUACGACACAUACUAUGAACAAAGACCUUUAUUAUUAUUGUUGUUAUUAUACAGCUUUGUGGCUUCAUCAGAUUCAGUGUGCACAAAUAUACCAUCAGAGAAUGAAUGAUAAUCCGAGAAUGUUCAUUGUGUCGACAUUCAGACAACAAUUGACAAAACUAGAAGCUAUAUUUCGGUAAGAACUAUACCAUCAUCAGACUAGAAUGUGCAUACAAGGUAACUACUUAAAUACGGUGUUAAUAACAAUGAAAAAACCAAACAAAACGUAAUACUCAUGAGAAAAGGCAAAGUUCUUUGCUUGAGUUGUGUAAUUUGUUGAGGGAAGGUGUUGGGCGUCUGAUGUAAUAUCCUCUUUGUAUAGGAGAGGAUUACAAUUGCUUCCGCAAUCUAAUACUGUGGUGGUGUUUCUGACUAAUUGUGUGAAGUAUUCUUUAUUACAAGAAUUAGGUGGAAAGUUGUCAGAAUUCAAGUUAUACGGUAGAUUACACAAAUUACGUAUGAACGUUAAAUGCGAUUUUGGAGUUUGCGAGACAGCUCCGUAGAUGUUUCACGACUCCAACAUGAUCCAAAAUCGAAGUAAAAGUAUACGAGAAAACAACUAAACUGUGUUUCUAUACCAACCACAAAGAUAAAGUACCAUCAUUGAGUUAAUCACAUGUAAGGUACAAAUUCAGCUGCCCCGGUUGUCAAUCAGCGUAUACUGGCAAAACAGAUACUCUCUUCGUCCGAACAUAUUAACACGCUAUCUCUGAAAAAGAGAGUGCAAUGUACAAAUAUUUGCGCACUUGUGAGCAUUUUUAAACUUUCAUACGUAAUUUGUGUAAUCUACCGGAUACCUUGAAUUCUAACAACUUUCCACCUGAUUCUUGUAAUAAAGAAUACUUCACACAGUUAGUCAGAAACAACUUCACAGCAUUAGACCACGGCAGCAAUUGUAAUCCUCUCCUAUACAAAGAGGCGUAUUACAUCAAACGCCUGACACGUUCUCUUGGCAAAGGACUUAAAUCCACGAGAGGACUUUGCUUUUUCUAAUGAGUAUUGCUUUUUGUCUCUUUUCUUCAUUGUUAUUAACACCGUAUUUAAGAGUUACCUUGUAUGCA